AGUAAGUGGCCUGCGGGACUCGGGAGAGAUCCCAAUGAGCUGAGCCGAGAGCCUUUUGUGUGCAGAGGGCGGAGGAGGCGGCGGCCGCCCGAGCGCAGACCCCGCCCGGAGCCCGGCAGGAACAAUGCUAGCCUGCCUGAGCCGCGGGAACUUACUGGACGUCCUGCAGGAGGGCUUCAAUGAGCAACAGCUGCAGGCCUAUGUAGCCUGGGUGAAUGCACAGCUGAAGAAGAGGCCAUCGGUGAAGCCUGUGCAAGACCUGCGACAGGAUCUCCGGGAUGGGGUGAUCCUGGCAUAUCUCAUUGAGAUUGUUGCAGGAGAAAAGCUGAGUGGGGUACAGAUGAGUCCUAGCAACCAACAAGAGAUGAAAAAUAACGUGGAGAAGGUGCUACAGUUUGUGGCCUCCAAAAAGAUUCGCAUGCACCAGACUUCAGCUAAAGAUAUUGUGGAAGGAAACCUCAAGUCUAUCAUGAGGCUGGUCCUCGCCUUGGCCGCUCAUUUCAAGCCCGGCUCUAGCAGGACAGUGAGCCAAGGGCGGGACUCCAGAGCCCCACCACAGAGCCACCAACCUCACUGUGCCACUGCAGUGGCUCAGGGCGCAGCCGCUGCUCUGGCUGACGUGUGCCAUGACAUGUCACGGUCAGGACGGGAUAUUUUCCGAUACAGACAGAGGAACAGCAGCAUGGACGAGGAGAUUGAGAAUCCGUACUGGAGCGUGCGGGCGUUGGUGCAGCAAUACGAAGGGCAGCAAAGGUCCCCGCAGCAGUCCCCGUGUGAGUCCACCUGCUCCAGCCUGACUUCACCCAGUCCCAUCCACAGUGCCAAGAGUGAGUCCAUUAUAACCCAGGCAGAGGAGAAGGCUGAUCUUGCGAUUAUUCCCUCGGAAGGAAUAGAGAACAGAACAGAGGACACAGACUCUCCAUUACCCCGAGACUGGCGGCCAGGGAGCCCUGGAACCUAUCUGGAGACCUCAUGGGAAGAACAGCUGUUGGAACAACAAGAACAUUUAGAAAAAGAAAUGGAGGAAGCAAAGAAAAUGAUAUCGGGACUCCAGGCCUUGCUGCUCAAUGGCUCCUUACCUGAAGAUGAACAGGACAGGCCUCUGGCCCUCUGCGAACCAGGAGUCAAUCCCGAGGAGCAGCUGGUAAGCUCCAUCUCCGGAGACGCUAGAUCUGCUUUAGAACGCGGUAAUGUUUCUGAAGCAACCCAGAUGCCACCAUCUGACCUAACUGUAUUUGGUUUGCAGAAAGAACUGCUGAAAUGUAAACAAGAAGCCAGAAAUUUACAGGGGAUAAAGGAUGCAUUGCAGCAGAGGCUGACUCAGCAGGACACAUCUGUUCUUCAGCUCAAACAAGAACUACUGAGAGCGACUAUGGACAAAGAUGAGCUGCACAACCAGAAUGUGGAUCUACAGAGGAAGCUAGAUGAGCGGAAUCGGCUCUUGGGAGACUAUAAAAAAGAGCUGGGGCAGAAGGAUCGCCUCCUUCAGCAGCACCAGGCCAAGUUGGAGGAAGCGCUCUGGAAACUCUCAGACGCCAGCUACCAGCAGGUGGAUCUAGAACGGGAGCUAGAACACAAGGACGUCCUGUUGGCCCACUGUAUGAAAAGAGAGGUAGAGGAGGUGACCAACUACACCAGUUAUAACUCUCAAAGCAAUGGCUUUCUCAUUCCAACAGCAGGGAAAGGAGCCGCUUCCAUCACGCACAAAGGGACCAGCGACCUACAGCUUGUCCGAGACGCCCUGCGCAGCCUUCGGAACAGCUUCAGCGGCCACGACCCUCAGCACCACACCAUCGACAGCUUGGAGCAGGGCAUCUCCAGCCUCAUGGAGCGCCUGCGCGUCGUGGAGACCCAGAAGAAGCAGGAACGGAAGGUUCGUGGCAAAUCACCCAGAACUCAGGCAGGCAGUGAAUACCGGGAGUCCUGGCCGCCUCACUCCAAAUUGCCUCACUCACAGAGUUCUCCAGCAGUCAGCAGCACCUGCACUAAAGUGCUCUACUUCACUGACCGGUCACUUACGCCCUUCAUGGUCAACAUACCAAAGAGGUUGGGGGAGGUGACAUUGAAGGAUUUUAAAGCAGCUAUCGAUCGGGAAGGGAAUCAUCGGUAUCACUUCAAAGCCCUGGAUCCAGAGUUUGGCACUGUCAAAGAGGAGGUUUUCCAUGACGAUGAUGCCAUUCCUGGAUGGGAAGGGAAAAUUGUAGCCUGGGUGGAAGAAGACCAUGGAGAGAAUUAGCCCUGAGGACUGCAAUAAGGUUGCUUGCUGGCUGCUUCACUCAGGAAAGGGGACUAAAACCAGAGUACGCCAAGAAGUUUCGAAUUUGUGCUGCCAAGAUAGCAAAGCUUCAAGCGUGAAGGUCACAGGCCAGUCCUGUUUCUGUGCCUGGCGUAUCUGGUACUUCAAAUCCCUAUCGAAACGUAGACCUUGGAUUCAUCUGGAAUUCCUUGUCCGUGGGAAUGGUGUUUUGUUCCACUCUGAGGACAACAAACCGAAGGCCUUAACCAAUGGGGAUGGAUGAUCCUGCUCCAUGGCUGCUAUUAUCUGGAUUGGAUGUGCUACAGUAUUAAUUUAAUUGGCCUCAAUGGUUGCACCAGUCAGAGUCCCAGCAUUCGUACUCACAGACAAGGCAAAGGUACCAGCUUUUCUGCUUCUUUGCAGAUACUGCAAGCUAAGAACAAUUCAUGAAGUGGUACCAAAGACGAAAGCUCCUCUUUAAUAAUCUUUUGAACUGGACAUGGAUGGUGCUGAACAGUCGAUUGGAUGGAAAAAGGGCUGCCCAUAUUGUACUGUAUUGUGUUGAAACUGUAAGACCUUGGGCCACUUCUGUUCUUAACUGAUUCUGCAGCUUGUUGUUUAGCCCACUUGAGGCAUAUUUCCUGUACUAGUAGUUUUCUCUGGGACUCUUUAAUAUUAGAGCCAUUUAUUUUUCUUCAAACUGAUGACCUUUGUGCUUGAAAGGAAUUAGGAGUGAAAAGCUCCUUAAAAAUCAAGGCGGGUAUGGAAAGGUGCUGCUACCCAUAUCUUCUUGACUUUUCUUAUGACUUUCUUUAACUCAUGGUAUCGCCUUUGCAGUUUAAGGGAGGCAGACCAUUGCCUCUAGUGUUUCUUUGUAAUUUAUGAGUACUGGGCAUGAAUUACUUGUCUGUUCCUCAUUUUAAGAUUAGAGUUAUUUUCUAUUACAUGUGUAGUCUAGGCUGAUGUUUUAGGGCACAAUAGAAACCAUGGGGCAUGGAGCAUGAGUCGUGAAUGGCAGGGUUGAUUCAGGGUAAAGACAUCUAGAAUCAUUUCUCGUGGGCAACACCAUCAGUGUAGAGAAGCUAUUCCAGAGAUUCCUUCAUAAUCUGGGUUUUCUCCUUCAUCCACCCAGCACUACCAACUGAUCAGCCAUUGUAUAUAUGUGUGUUCCCAAAAGCAGUCUGUGACCACCAACGUACACUGCCAAACAGGAGAGAGGACAGAUCAGUGUGGGCUCUUGCCUGCCUUCAGUUCAUCUCCCCUCUUCAGACACCUGAACAGACUACUCUUUGGAACUGAGAUAACAUCUUAUUGUUUUAUAUGGACAUGUCUUUUUAAAAAUAGUUCAUGUUUGCAGAAUUCUUUUAUACUCAUUUUCUUUUUGUCUGAGAACCAUCUCUAUUUUUAUAACUCAAGUGUGAGUUCUGUAGAUGCUCAUAUUCUCUAUACUGUGUCCACUUUCUAGGGAACCCAGUAGCUUUUAUACAGUGUCUUACGCUUCUGGUGGCUUCAGAACAAGCUUUAUUUUAUUAUGAGUAUACUAAGGCCAACUACUUUCUGUCCAAUUCUACCUGCUAUCUUAGUUGAGGGGGUAGUUUUAUGUAAUCCAGUUGACUGCUCUUCAAGUGGACAGAAGGGGUUCAAGACACCGGAUUUUUUCAUGUUAAGUUUAAUUGGUCUUCUACUGAAGAAUGAUUUUCAUCAGAAAAAGCUGGGAAAAUUUGGGAAAGUCAGCCAUAAGCAAGAAUAAUACAUUAUGAAAGAAAAUAGAAGAAAACAAUGAAUUUUUUUUCCCCAAGAAGUCUGGAGAAAAAUUCUCUAUGUCACCAAUUUCUAUGUUGCAUGAAUUUUAGUGUUUUGCUAUACAACAGCAUGAGGGUUAUCAGGUUAAAAUUUGUUAUUAUAGUCCUGUAAAAUUUUUCUUGAAUGUCUCUCUUAAAUCAGUUACACUUCAGUUUUGAGUGAACAGUCUUACCAUUAUGUAAAAUUUAUCAUUUCAGAGAGUAUUAAAUCAGAAAAUUUUCAGUGUCCUCUUGUGUUUUAUCUCAUUCAUUUUUGACAAGGCGCUGCCAGCAUACCUCUAUAAGAGGCAGAAGUUAAUUCGGAGGUUAAUUUUUCCCCUUUAGUUCAUUAAUUUCAUGUACCACAGGCACUGGCUAAUCGCCCUUACUAAAUGUCACUGAAGUAACUUUUGUGUAAGUUCGGCGGGUGAUCCUCACUCCAAUUUCUAAAUGGAGCUUCCUCAGCAGGAGUAGGCAUUGGUUCCCUCCCUCCUGAGGUCUCCUACUUGGAUGCACUCUCACAGACCUGAGCUUUAUUCAUAAUAUUAUCCCCCAGGGGCACUCAGGUGAGACCUUGACCCUGCUACUUCUACAGUAUUUUUUCCCUUUGGAAAUCUAAAGUAUUAGACUAUUUAGGGUUCAUAAAAUAAUCUCUAAUUGUUAGGUUAAAAGCAAAUGAUUUCUCAUAAACACUAGUUUAGUUGAGAGCUUAAUUCAUUGACUUUAAAGACUCUUCUCUCCUUGCUCAACUUUUUUUUCUACCAGGAAUUAAACUCAGGACCUCACGCUUGCCAGGCAGGCGCUGUACCCCUGAGCUCUAUCCUCAACCCUAUUGCUCAAUUCUCUAAAUUAUCUGGGAUUAGGAUACUGUCUAAUUUGUCCCUAAAGACUUGGGUUAAAUACACUUGGUAAUGGCAAUCCUACUUACCAUUUUUCAUCUCUUUCUGCCCUGGUGUAAAUUAGGGGAAAAUAUCCUUUAUAUUCUACAUCUUAUCUAAGAGAACUCUGAUUAUUUAAAAGCAUUUAGGUCAUCAUUAAAAUUAUUUUCAUUUCUCCCCAUAAAGAUUAUGAUUGCACACUUCUGUUAUCUGAAUUUAUGUAAGAGGUAAAGCUUGCUUAAAAUACAUAUAUAUGUAAAGUUAUAUUUUCUUAGAAACAUGGAUGUUUGCAACCAUUGCUUUCAAAGAGAUUACUAUUGUGUAUUGUUUUACAGUGUUUUCAUGAUGACUGUUAUACCAGAGGCUUUUGAUUAUUAAAGUGAUAACCAGUUUUAACUGCCUGUAUGUCCUGGAUUUGUGAAUUUAAAAAAACCCCACAAAUUAUGAAUAAAAGGGACUUUGCAAACUAAA